CGUCACUCUCGGCGACCCGCUCCACUUUCUGUAGAGGUCAGAAGCUAUUUAUUCUCACUCAAUUGAGUUCUCAAUUACACUUGUGUCUUGUUUCCACGGACCCCAUACUCCCCCCUCCAGCUGCGAUCAUGCUUCUUUCACAAACUCGGGGGCGCAUGCCCUCUGCUCUGCGGAGCCUCUCCAGGCGGUCCGCCGUCAAUGUUCGUCCCAUCUCUACUACCCUCCCCAAGCAGAAGGCCUCUUCCUCUGAGGACGACAACGCCCUGAACAAGGUCUCCCGCCAUGUCACACAGCCUAUCUCGCAGGGUGCUUCCCAGGCUAUGCUUUACGCUACGGGUCUCACGGAGAAGGACAUGGACAAGGCUCAAGUCGGUAUCUCCUCCGUUUGGUAUAGCGGUAACCCCUGUAACAUGCAUCUGCUCGAUCUCAACCAUCGCGUCAAGCAAGGUGUGGAAAAGGCAGGCUUGAUCGGCAUGCAGUUCAACACUGUCGGUGUCAGUGAUGCAAUCAGCAUGGGUACGAAGGGUAUGCGGUACUCUCUCCAGAGUCGUGAUUUGAUUGCCGACUCCAUCGAGACUGUUAUGGGUGGUCAGUGGUACGAUGCCAACAUCAGUAUCCCGGGUUGCGACAAGAACAUGCCCGGCGUGUUGAUGGCCAUGGGCAGAGUCAACCGGCCGAGCAUUAUGUUGUACGGAGGCACCAUCAAGCCCGGCUGUGCCGUUACCCAAAACAAUGCGGAAAUUGAUAUUGUCUCCGCAUUCCAGGCCUACGGACAGUUCUUGAGCGGCGACAUUACCGAGCCUCAGCGAUUCGACAUUAUCCGCAACGCCUGCCCAGGAGGUGGUGCCUGCGGUGGUAUGUACACAGCCAACACCAUGGCCACUGCCAUUGAGACCAUUGGUAUGACUCUCCCUGGCUCUUCUUCCAACCCCGCCGAGUCCCGCGCCAAGGACCUUGAGUGUCUGGCAGUCGGUGAGGCGAUCAAGAAGCUCCUGAAGGAGGACAUCCGCCCUAGGGAUAUCAUGACCCGUCAAGCUUUCGAAAACGCCAUGGUUGUGGUGAACAUCACCGGUGGCUCGACCAACGCCGUGCUUCACUUGAUUGCCAUCGCUGAUUCGGUCGGUAUCAAGCUGGAUAUUGAGGACUUCCAGUCUGUCUCUGACCGUAUUCCUUUCUUGGCUGACCUGAAGCCAUCGGGCAAGUACGUCAUGGCCGACAUGCACAAGAUCGGAGGUACUCCCGCGCUGCUCAAGUUCCUGCUCAAGGAAGGCCUCAUCGAUGGUUCCGGCAUGACUGUCACCGGUGAGACUCUGGCCAAGAACCUCGAGAAGGUGCCCGACUUCCCCGAAGAUCAGAAGAUCAUCCGCCCUCUGUCCAACCCCAUCAAGAAGACUGGCCACAUCCAGAUUCUUAAGGGAUCCCUGGCUCCGGGUGGCAGUGUUGGUAAGAUCACUGGCAAGGAGGGUACUUCUUUCACUGGUAAGGCACGUGUCUUCGAUGAUGAGGAUGACUUUAUCGCUGCUCUGGAGCGCGGUGAGAUCAAGAAGGAAGAGAAGACCGUUGUGGUCAUCCGCUACACUGGACCCAAGGGUGGUCCUGGUAUGCCCGAAAUGUUGAAGCCUUCUUCUGCCCUCAUGGGCUAUGGUCUUGGACAGUCGGUUGCCCUCAUCACUGAUGGACGUUUCUCUGGCGGUUCUCACGGCUUCCUGAUCGGCCACAUUGUCCCCGAGGCUGCCGUUGGUGGACCCAUUGGUCUCGUUCAGGAUGGCGAUGUCAUCGUCAUUGAUGCCGAGAAGCGCGCUCUUGACCUCGAAGUUGACCAGGAGACUCUCGCUGAGAGACGCAAGCAAUGGGAAGCCGAUAAGGAGGCCGGCAAGUUGCCUCCCACCGGUUUGACCAUGAGAGGAACCCUCGGCAAGUACGCCAGAACUGUCAAGGAUGCCAGCCACGGCUGUAUCACCGAUGCUCUUGACUAAGUGUCAAGCUGUCGGGUGUAUUUUAUCACUGCGCAGGAUGCCAUCAUAAAGCAAUGCAUCUUUUCCCGCCUGAGUUGAUUGGGGUGGAAUAAAUGUCCGGGUUAAUAUAUUGUUUUCGUUAUGCUGCUUGGAUAGGCGAACCAAAAGGAUUGAAAAGUAUUUCCUUUACUCUCAUGUUGUUAUUAGGAGCAUUCAUUAACAUGAUACCUUAUCAAUUUCAUUAAUCGAGUUCGAACUGAUCGCCAAUUAAGUAGGGGACACCAACGGGGCAUUGAAUAUUCAGCUCCUAUACUCUAAACGCAAAUCUUAUCCAACUCCUUUGCGCCACUGACCUUAGAAACAACCAAUAUACCUAUAUGCUGGUUAUCCCAUCCUCAAUGUACACCAUCAAAAAAAACAAAAAAAAAAAAAAACAAAAACCCCC